AAAGCUCGAAGUCGCGUCUCCCUCUUGACCGUCUCCUCUCCUUCCCGGUAGAGAAUUCCAAGUUCGCAGCUGCUCUCUGAUUGCUCCCGUCUUCUGCCUCCACCGAUGGCGAUGGCGUCCACGCGAGUCGUGCUCCCAGCCAGGCACAGCUUGUGCGGAGCAGAAGCAGCUCCACUCGCUUCUCUAUCGCCGAGACAACGCACAAGGCGCGGCCUUUCGCUCCUUCGCGAACGAUGCGCCGCGGUGACCAUGUCGGCCUCGCCCAUCCCUCAGAUGGACCUCCAAGUCCGGGCUUCUAAGAAAUUAGACAUACCCAUCAUGGUGAACAGUAGUUCGGGCAAAAUGGGGAAGGCUGUUAUAAAAGCAGCUGAAUCUGCAGGACUGGAUAUUAUCCCCAUGUCAUUUGGCUGUGCCGAAGAGGCUGGAAAAUCCGUACAGGUGUGUGGAAAAGAGAUUAAGGUGCAUGGACCUUCAGAUAGAGAAAGCGUUCUGGCCUCGGUCUUUCGUGAACACCCGAAUAUGAUUGUGGUAGACUACACUGUGCCUGAUGCAGUGAACAGUAACGCCGAGCUGUAUUGCAAUGUUGGAGUUCCAUUUGUCAUGGGAACUACUGGAGGGGACAGGGAUCAGCUUUACAAAACAGUCCGGGAUUCAAAUUUAUAUGCAGUAAUUUCCCCACAAAUGGGGAAACAGGUUGUGGCAUUUCUUGCAGCAAUGGAAAUUAUGGCAGAGCAAUUUCCAGGAGCCUUCUCUGGGUAUUCUCUAAAGGUGAUGGAGUCCCACCAAUCAGCCAAAUUGGACACCUCUGGAACAGCUAAGGCAGUAAUUUCUUGCUUCAAGAAGUUGGGAGUGUCUUUUGACAUGGAUCAGAUCCAGAUGAUCCGUGAUCCUCAACAACAAAUGGAGAUGGUGGGAGUUCCAGAAGAGUAUUUGCCUGGUCAUGCUUUCCAUUUGUAUCAUCUGGCAUCGCCCGAUGAAACAGUGUCUUUCGAGUUUCAGCACAAUGUUUGCGGCAGAUCAAUAUACGCCGAGGGCACAGUUGAUGCUGUCUUGUUUUUAGCCAAGAAGCAGAUCCAGCAGAAGGCAGACCAGCAUAUAUACAAUAUGAUUGAUGUAUUGCGUGAGGGUAGCAUGCGUUGAUACUAUUUUCAUGCUGAGGUUUCUUGUGCGGCGCUUAUCUUUCAGUAGUAUUUGUUUGGCAGAUGUUGUAUCUCCAAUUCAGGACUCUGGUUUUUAGAACUUUUUGAUAAUCAUCGUUGCUUCACAUGGUAAUAGAGUAGAAAAGAUUGCAAGACUUGUUCUGGAGAUGGAUCAUUAAGCUUGAGCAGCUGCAGCUUCUCUUUGAGACGUGUAGGAUUUUGAUUAGUUGUGAUGCAAGGCAUGCGUCUUAAAAUCAGAGGAUGCUAAGUAGAAUGGCUUUGUAAUUUUCCCGCAACUCUCUCAUACUCAGCAUUGUCGGCAACUGUACAAUUUGAGCUCGCAACUUGGAAGCCA